GUUGACAGUUGAGAUGCAGCUUUAUAAGAUUGCAACUUUUUUGCAGCUUGUGGCGAUGUCAGCUGUUGUAAUUGCCUUUGUAACUGGGUAAAAUGAAUUCGGAGCUAGCAAGACAACAGAGGUUAGAUAGCUCUGACGGGAGGAAAAGGAAGGUUGAGGUCAUCCACUCAUACGUAGGACGAUGAAUUCGGAUGAUAAUGAAACAAGAGAAAUCAAAGAUAUUAAGGAUAAAGCUCAAACAAAUCUAGUUGUAGCUACACUACUAGUAACGCUCACCUUUGCAGCCGGUUUCACACUACCAGGAGGUUUUGAGAGUGAUCGCGAUAGCCCUCAUAAAGGGAUGGCGAUUCUAGUAAAGAAACCGGCUUUUUGUGCAUUCGUUAUCACGGAUGCCAUUGGCUUUGUAUGCUCUGUGGGGGCUGUGCUUAGCUACUUGAUCAUGGCAGUGAUUCGUCUGCCCACGACCAGACGAGAGCUGAAACUUCUGAUUAAACUUUCCUGGGUUGCAGCAAGUUUGCAGUUCCUAUCAAUGUUCUCUGUUGUAAUUGCAUUUGUAACUGGUUUGUCUGCUACUUUGGCACAUUCAGUUGGUCUAGCUACUGCUGUUUGUGCCAUUGGUUGCUCCUUUUUCCUUAUUUAUAUGUUGAUUGGUUAUGUUAUAACGAAAGCAAAGGAGGAGCCAGUAAUUGGAUCUCCUUCGUUUGUUUAGAAUCGUCUUAAUUAGUGAAAAUUCUAGCUCCGUCACUACUUGUACUGUUUAACAUAUUAAUUAAUGUAAAUAUGUGCAAGCUUUGUAUUUAA